AGACGACGCCCGUCUCUUACUCGCGCAGUAUUCGUUUGUCGUUUGAGAGCAUUGUUGUGAAGUUUGCAAAAGCUGCAUAACCCGCUUUAGCCAACAAUCAACUUUGCUUUUUAACCGAAAAACAACUUCUAAAUCUUCAAAAUGCGUGAAUGUAUCUCAAUCCACGUUGGUCAGGCUGGAGUCCAGAUUGGUAAUGCCUGCUGGGAACUUUACUGUCUCGAACAUGGCAUCCAACCGGACGGUCAAAUGCCAUCCGACAAAACUAUUGGAGGAGGUGAUGACAGUUUCAACACCUUCUUCAGCGAGACUGGAGCCGGAAAACACGUUCCCAGGGCGGUGUUCAUUGAUCUCGAACCGACAGUAGUUGACGAGGUCCGAACUGGAACAUACCGCCAGUUGUUCCACCCCGAACAACUUAUUACAGGCAAAGAAGAUGCAGCGAACAAUUAUGCUCGCGGUCACUACACAAUUGGAAAGGAAAUUGUCGACUUGGUUCUGGACCGAAUUCGCAAACUCGCCGACCAAUGUACCGGAUUACAGGGUUUCCUCAUCUUCCACUCGUUCGGCGGCGGCACUGGAUCAGGAUUCACGUCCCUCUUGAUGGAGCGUCUCUCUGUUGACUAUGGCAAGAAAUCCAAGCUCGAAUUCGCCAUCUAUCCAGCACCUCAGGUCUCCACAGCUGUAGUUGAACCCUACAACUCUAUCCUCACCACCCACACGACUCUCGAACAUUCUGACUGCGCUUUUAUGGUUGACAACGAGGCUAUCUACGAUAUUUGCCGUCGUAAUUUGGAUAUCGAAAGACCCACCUACACGAACCUCAACAGACUGAUUGGACAGAUUGUCUCCUCAAUUACAGCAUCGCUCCGGUUCGAUGGUGCUUUGAACGUGGAUCUCACGGAAUUCCAGACUAACUUGGUGCCAUACCCGAGGAUUCAUUUCCCCCUGGUGACUUAUGCGCCAGUUAUCUCGGCCGAGAAGGCAUACCACGAGCAGCUCUCGGUUGGCGAAAUCACCAAUGCUUGUUUCGAGCCAGCCAACCAGAUGGUCAAGUGUGAUCCCCGCCACGGAAAAUACAUGGCCUGUUGUAUGUUGUACCGAGGAGACGUUGUUCCCAAGGACGUGAAUGCUGCGAUUGCGACAAUUAAGACCAAACGUACCAUUCAAUUCGUCGACUGGUGUCCCACCGGUUUCAAGGUCGGAAUCAAUUACCAGCCCCCUACCGUUGUUCCCGGCGGUGAUUUGGCCAAGGUUCAACGUGCUGUCUGCAUGUUGUCUAAUACAACGGCUAUUGCCGAAGCCUGGGCAAGGCUCGACCAUAAAUUCGACUUGAUGUAUGCCAAGCGAGCGUUCGUUCACUGGUACGUCGGCGAAGGUAUGGAGGAAGGUGAAUUCUCCGAAGCUAGGGAAGAUCUUGCAGCUUUAGAGAAGGACUACGAAGAAGUCGGCAUGGACUCCACCGAAGGCGAAGGAGAGGGAGCUGAGGAAUACUAGACUGGCACAGUCUCGACCAAAGACGAAGAUUUAAUUUUUGACAUUCCGUUAUGGCGGCACAUUUUUUUUCAAACUGCAUUUUUUGCACUUCAGUAUCUUUUUUACUACAAGUCUGGCCGAUUCAAUGAAAUACAGUGAUUUUCAACAGCUUA